CAGAGCCGAGAGAGAAAGACGGGGCCCGCGUCCGCCAUCUACUUCCGGAAUUUAAAGCCGGCUUCCGGAAACCGGGAGGGUGUCCCCAUGACAACCGACGUUGGGGUUUGGAGGUCCUUGCCUUAAAGCAAGGGAAACAGCUCUGAUUCAAAGGAACUAGAAGCCUCUCCCUCAGCAGUGGGGAGAUAACCAGGAGCUGUUUUCUGGGGAACUGUGGGAUGUGCCCUUGGGGGCCCAAGAAAACAGAAGGAAGAUGCUCCAGACCAGUAACUACAGCCUUGUGCUCUCUCUGCAAUUCCUGCUGCUGUCCUAUGACCUCUUUGUCAAUUCCUUCUCAGAACUGCUCCGAAAGGCUCCUGUCGUCCAGCUCGUACUCUUCAUCAUCCAGGAUAUUGCAAUCCUCUUCAACAUCAUCAUCAUUUUCCUGAUGUUCUUCAACACCUUCGUCUUCCAGGCUGGCCUGGUCAACCUCCUGUUCCAUAAGUUCAAAGGGACCAUCAUCCUGACAGCUGUGUACUUUGCCCUCAGCAUCUCCCUUCAUGUCUGGGUCAUGAACUUACGCUGGAAAAACUCCAACAGCUUCAUAUGGACAGAUGGACUUCAAACGCUGUUUGUAUUCCAGAGAGUAGCAGCAGUGUUGUACUGCUACUUCUAUAAACGGACAGCCGUGAGACUAGGCGACCCUCGCUUCUACCAGGACUCUUUGUGGCUGCGCAAGGAGUUCAUGCAAGUUCGAAGGUGACCUCUUGUCACACUGAUGGAUGCUUUUCCUUCCUGAUAGAAGCCACAUUUGCUGCUCUGCAGGGAGAGUUUGCCCUAUGCAUGGGUCAACAGCUGGACUUUCCAAGGAGGGUUCAGACCAGUUGUGUUCACCAUUCAAAAAGGAAGAUCCUCCCUCUUGCAAAUUAGAGUGUUCCCCAUCAGUCUCCAGUACAGCAUCCCUUCCUUGCCUCCUCCCUCUGUCCAACCCCCUUUCCUUCCCUUCCUCUCGGUACCAUUCAUUUUCCCUGACCCUUCUUUCUUGCCGAGGGUUCUGUGGCUCUUACCCUUGUGAAGCUCGUCGUUUAGCCUGGGACAGAAGGAGCUCCCAGCCCCCACUUUCCUUGCACUACACACAAGUGACCAAAGGAUGCGAAGAGUGAAAGUUCCGUGCUCCUGACCGAUCCCACCGCAGACAUUUAGAUUUUUAUACCCAAGGCACUUUUUAAAAACAUUUUAUAAAGAGAAUAAAUUGAAUUCUUGUUCC